GCAACGGCUAAUAAAAUAGAUGGACCAGCGCCGCCGUGCUUUUGUUGGUUUUUCGUGCGUGUUUGAAAUUGAAGGAGGGCAGGUUUCCAGGGUCCAGGUCGGUACCGGUAAUAGUAGCGAGGGGACUGCGGAGGGUGGUGAGGCGUCGAUGGAGUCAAUGACGACAGCAAACCAAGUGAAGUGGACGAGGCAGGUCAGUGCAGCUAUAUUUUCGCAGAGAGAUGAAGAGAAAAGCUCCUUAUGACUGGGCGCUAUAGGAUGAUUUAUACAAAGCGGCCAGUCCUAGAGUUGAUUAAGACUUCUCUCUUUUGCACGGGGGG